GGCCGGCGUCGGCGAGGGGCGCGGCCCGGGUGGCGAGAGGGCGGGUCUGCGGGAAGGCGGCGGCCACGGCCAGUGCGUGCGUGUCGGGCGCGGGGGCCUGGGGGCCGGGGACCUGGCAACGGCGUUGCAAACGCGUCCGCCUGUGUCUGCGCUGUCUGCUCAUGAGGCCCCCUGUCCGAAUCGGAAUCCGCCUCUCUGUCCCCAACAAAAGCCUCCUGUCGACCAGUGUAGGCGUGAAAAAUAUUUCAGUAGUUGAGAAUCUCCAUCAGCUUAAUUUUGAAAAAGAUACGCUCUGUUAUUGUAUUCCGCUUCCCACUCUUACGCACCAGAUAUGUGCCCAGUGAGUUGUUAAAUUAACUAAGAAGUAAUUACAGGGGAUUGAGUAAGAUGUCCAUGAUCACGGAUAAAACAAAGGGGAAUGCCCUGAGCUCUGACGCAUCCAUUUGCUUAGGAAGGAAUCUACCGAGCAUUUAUUGGGUGCAUGGGAAGGUGCAUGGACCUCAAAGGCAAAUGAAAGUGAAUUGGGAGAAACACCCAUGGCCUAAUAAGUGGGUUGUGAACAGUGUUCAGAGAACUGUGCUGUGUAAUAGUUUUAACAAGUUUCUCUUCAGCCAGGAUCUGGUCAUUUUGAAGAGAAGCCACAACAGCAGAGGUGACAACCCCUGCUUCCUUUACCUGAGAUGUGACCCUCAUGGAGGUGAAGAAAUCGUUUCCGUUGGCGUUUUAAGUUCAGCAAGAAAUAUGGAAGUAUACUUAGGAGAAGAGUACUGUGGAACCAGCAGGGGCAAGAAUGUUUGUAAUGUGCUGGAUAACAGUGAACAUGAAAUUAUUUUCUACAAAAAAUAUUUAAAACUGGAGUCCUCCACUCUUGCUUGUAAAAUAAAGUUGCUCUCCUUUGGUGAAAAGCAGUGUGUGUUCGUCAGUAAAGUUGUGGUACAUGUGAGACCAGUUUCAGCAAAUCCUUCAACAAGCUCUCCUGCUCUAGGGUCAAGGAUAGACCUCGAGAGGGUCCAAACCAUCAUGGAGUCCAUGGGGUCAAAGUUAUCACCUGGAGCUCAGCAACUGAUGAGUAUGGUUAGGUUUCAGCAGCAGAAUCGUAUUGCCAUUGGAGAGCAGCUUCAGUCGGUUCUGGGAAAUACCGGAUACAGGUGUAUGGUUGACCUACAUUCAUCAUCUACGUCAGGGGCCUUUGACAAGCCAUCCGCCACACCUUUUCCUUUUAGAACUGGAUUGACAGCUGGAAACGUGACCGAAGACCUAAAAGCUUCCAUUGAUAAAAGCGCACAGCCACCUGGUGGAGGGACUAGUACAAACCUCGAAGAGUGUAACAUUGUGCCACAAAACCAUGCUCUUCUUGAGAAUGAUCUUAAGAAUGUAGUAUCUUCUUUCUUACCGAAGAAAGCAGGUGACAACUCCAGUAUACUGAAGUCUGAGUUGCUGCCCUUUCUCCAGAAUUUGUGUAGUCAAGUUAACCAUCUCUGGGCAGGACAUAACAGCGAGCGUCUGGAAACCAUCCCCAAGCCCCGUGAAGGCGAUGUUGGUGUUGCAAUGGAAGAGCCACCCAUUUGCUCCUACUUGGAAAAGAUUCUUUCUAAAAAUGUGGAACUGAUGGAAAAGAAACUAAUGGACCACAUCGACCAGCAAAUUUAUAAACUCCAGGAGCACGUAGAUAAUAAGAUUGCUUUAUUAAUGGACUCGCUGCAAAAUCGCAACUCCUCACCUACUGGGAUUCCUCUAAGAUAUUAUGACUCCAGAGAGAGACUUUCAAAUGGAGAAAGAUAGGUGCUCAACAUGUACAAUGUACUGCAGAUAUUUAUUACUUAUUUAUUACAAAGCCAAGACCCAAAAGUUCAAAGCAAAUAUUUAAUGUCAUCUGAGGAUCGCCAUCUUAUAUAAAGUGACCUCAGUGUUCAUUUUAACUGUACUUGUUAUUGUAAACCCAGUACUGUACACUAAGAGUUAACAAGAACGGGUCCUAAAUUAUUUUUGUUUGCAAUAUUGUUCAUUCUUACAGAAAUUUAUGUGUACAUCUGUGUUAUUUAAGUGUUUAAAAUUUUUAAGGAUUUCUAAUGCAGUUCAUAUGUUUUGGACAGACGUAUAUUUUUUAUUUAUAAAAGACCUUAUUUCAUAAUCUUAAGAGUAUGAAAAAUAAUGCUUAGAAUAUUUGAUAAUUUUUCUUUUCCUAAUUGAUUGUGCUUGGUAAAUUGGAUACAGAAGACUUGGAACCUUUAAUUCAGAUCACUAGUUUACAUUUUGUUUAUCUCAGAUAAUGAGGAAGAUACAAUACCUGGUAUUUGUCCAUAAACACUGAGACCAUUAUUGUAUUCGUUUCAGUGCAGUGUACCAGUAAAUAGGAAAGUGAAAAUCAAAGCUAUUCCUUGUUCGGAUAUUUCUUUAGAUUUAGUGAUUGAUGCAAAACGAGAGAAGUCGUCUUAUUUUACAUCAAUAACCCAGGAAGUAUAAGGAACUCUCAUAUUCUGAGCUGACAUAGAUUGUCCUUCCCAGAGCCCUUCUGUGGUAUUUACGUGUGACAUGCUGAGGCUCUGCGUGGAAGGAGUAAGGCCUGGGAUUCAAGGAGAGGGCUGUUUUCACCAGCAGACUUAAUUUUCAGAAAUUAUAACUAUCAUAUAUGUGUUGAUAUAUUUGCAUCUAAAAAAUAAAUGUGUCUACUCUGGAAACUACUUGUCUUAAGUAAACAGCAAUGUUUUAUUUUCACUGAA